AAAGACUCUCUGUAUCCCACUCAGACAGUAAAGAGAGAGAGAGUCUUAAAUACUUUACUGACUCGCCGUCGCCGGAAAAUCUCAUUAUCCCUCCGGCGGCUUUUCUGUUAAAUUCUUUUAAGGUCAGAGCACACUUUUCCGCCGCCGGUGGUUUCUUUCCCGGCAAAUUCUCAACUCACAUUUUUCUGCUGUUAAGGUCUAACUGCUUUGAGUUCCUUCCUAUUUUAGCCAAGUUUUUAGCUCUCAUUGGACUUUUUUUCGCCCUAUCUUUUCUGGUUUUUUGGUUCCUUAAAGUUUACUCUUUUAGCAGAUUCGUAGAAUUUUAGGGUUUUGGGUCUUACUUUUAGGAACUGUUUGGAUUGCAUUUUUAGCCGCUGGACCCAAAGGUUUCAUCUUUAGUCUUGACGGGUCAUUUCAGCUCCUGUUUUGGAAGUUUGUUUUGCUUAGCAAACCACACGUUGUAGGGACGCCGAGGCAGCUUCUUUAUUUUCCUACAACAUUUUUUUAAGCUGACCUCGUACUUGGUCUCUAUACCUUAGAAUCUUGCUAAUGGCAAUAUUAGCAGUACGUAGAUUGAAAAUGAGAAAGCUGUUUGUUAUCGUAAUUUUUUGUCUUUUAGCUGCUAUUUCUGUGAGAGCAUUGAACCCAUCUAUGAAUGAUGAUGUACUGGGACUAAUUGUGUUCAAAUCGGACGUUCAAGAUCCAGAUGGAAAACUGAAAUCUUGGAAUGAAGAGGAUGAUAGUCCUUGUAACUGGAACGGAAUAAAUUGCAACCCAAGAUCCAACAGGGUUUCUGAUGUUGUUCUUGACGGGUUUGGACUUUCAGGGAGGAUAAGCAGAGGCCUUUUACGCUUGCAGUUUCUUCACAAGCUUUCGUUAGCAAACAACAAUCUUACUGGAAGCAUUAGUAUUUUUAGUCUUUCUCAGCUUGCAAAUCUCAAGAUUCUUGAUUUGAGUGAGAACAGCUUAUCUGGUCCCAUUCCUGGUGAUUAUUUUGAAAAAUGCGGGCCGUUGAAAUCAAUUUCUCUAGCCAAGAACAAAUUUUCAGGUGAAAUACCAGAGAGUUUGAGGUCUUGUGCGACGCUUGCGUCACUUAAUUUAUCGUCAAAUCAGUUUUCGGGGCUGGUGCCUUCUGGAAUUUGGUCUUUGAAUGGACUAAGGUCUCUUGAUCUGUCGAAUAAUUUGUUGGACGGUGAAAUUCCAGCUGGCAUUGAAGGUUUGAGUAAUUUGAGAGCAAUAAACUUGGGGGGAAAUCAUUUCAAGGGUGAAAUUCCAGAUGUAAUUGGAGGUUGUUGGCUUUUGAGGUCAAUUGAUUUGAGUGGAAAUUCUUUCUCUGGAGAGCUCCCAAGCACAAUGCAGAAGCUUAGCUUGUGUAAGGAAGUCGUUUUGAGACGUAAUGCUUUUAGUGGCGUGAUACCAGAAUGGAUUGGAGAAAUGAAAAGUCUUGAGAUUCUUGAUUUUUCUGAGAACAGCUUCUCUGCUAACAUACCAACUUCAGUAGAAAAACUUGAGUCGCUGAAAGUACUAAACGUGUCACAGAAUGUGAUUUCUGGAAGCUUACCGGAGUCCAUUAGCAGUUGUGUUAACCUUCUGAUAUUGGAUGUUAGUCAUAACAAUUUGACGGGCACCAUUCCUAAGACUGUUGGACAAUUGAUGUUGGAUACUCUUGACUUGAGUGAGAAUGGCUUAUAUGGUACUGUCCCUGCGGAAAUUGGAGGAGUCACAUCUCUCAGGGAACUUAGACUGGAGAAAAACGCCUUUACAGGACAAAUUCCUAGUUCAAUUGGCAGUUGUUCUUCACUUGUGUCCUUGUCUCUAUCACAUAACAGUCUAACUGGUCCUGUACCUGCAGCUCUUGCUAACCUGACCUACCUUCAAAAUGUUGACUUGUCCUUUAACAAAUUAACCGGAACCUUACCAAAGCAGCUUGGAAAUCUUGGCCAUCUCUUGUCAUUCAACAUUUCACACAACCAGCUACAGGGAGAACUACCUUCUAAUGGUUUUUUUAAUACUAUUUCUCCUUAUUCUGUGUCAGCAAACCCAUCUCUAUGUGGGGCUGCUGUCAAUAGGUCUUGCUCUACCGUCAUGCCCAAGCCAAUUGUUCUUAAUCCCAACUCCACUGAUUCUACUCCCAGCACUGUCCCUCAGAGUUUUCACCAUGAGAAGAAAAUCCUAAGCAUCUCUGCCCUCAUUGCCAUUGGUGCAGCUGCUGUUAUUUUCGUUGGCGUGAUUGCCAUUACCGUGCUCAAUAUUCGUGUCCGGUCCACAACAUCGCACUCUGCUGCUGCAGCCCUUACGUUUUCUGGUGGAGAUGAUUUUAGCCGUUCUCCAUCUACGGAUGCAAAUUCCGGUAAGCUUGUCAUGUUUUCAGGUGAUCCUGACUUCAGCACAGGGGCACAUGCUCUGCUUAACAAGGAUUGUGAACUCGGGCGAGGUGGUUUUGGAGCAGUGUACCACACCGUCCUUGGAGAUGGGCAUUCUGUGGCCAUUAAGAAGCUUACGGUCUCCAGUCUUGUUAAAUCUCAGGAAGACUUUGAGAGGGAAGUUAGGAAAUUGGGAAAAGUCCGUCACCACAAUCUUGUCACCCUUGAGGGUUAUUAUUGGACACCAUCCUUACAGUUACUUAUAUAUGAAUUUGUGGGCGGUGGCAAUUUGUUUAAGCAUCUCCAUGAAGGAUCUGGCGGGAGUUUACUCACAUGGAAUGAGCGGUUCAGCAUCAUUCUCGGGACAGCAAAAAGCUUGGCUCACUUGCACCAAAUGAACAUAAUCCACUACAACCUAAAGUCCAGCAAUAUCCUUAUUGAUGGCUCAGGUGAACCUAAAGUUGCAGAUUAUGGCUUAGCAAGAUUGUUACCAAUGCUAGAUCGAUAUGUUUUGAGUAGCAAAAUCCAGAGUACACUUGGUUACAUGGCACCUGAAUUCGCAUGCAAAACUGUGAAGAUAACCGAGAAGUGUGACGUGUAUGGAUUUGGAGUUCUUAUUCUGGAGGUAGUCACCGGAAAGCGGCCAGUUGAAUAUAUGGAGGACGAUGUGGUAGUAUUGUGUGACAUGGUACGAGGAGCGUUAGAAGAAGGCAGGGUAAAAGAUUGUAUAGAUACAAGGCUACAGGGCAAAUUUCCAGCAGAUGAGGUGAUUCCUGUCAUGAAGUUAGGAUUAAUCUGCACAUCACAAGUUCCAUCUAACCGGCCUGAUAUGGCAGAAGUGGUUAACAUAUUGGAACUGAUCCGAUGUCCUUCAGAAGGCCAGGAUGAACUUGUCUGAUGAUUGUUCACUAGACAAAUAGGAGAUUGUAAGAAAUGAUUUAUCAAUGUGUUAUCCUGGCGAAGAAGAAUCCGGUUGAUUUAUUCAGCGAAGUUGGAAUUUGCUGUUUGAGAAAUUUUUAGCUCUAUUUGUUAUAGAAUCCUUCUGUUCAUCUUUCUUUAGUCCUUUGAGUUACAACUUUUGUAAUUGCUUGUCUAUGCUACCAUGGUUGCCGGAUUCCUUUUCACCGGGUUCCAGUAUUGGAAUCUUAUGGUUAUUAUCCAAAUUUAUCUUAUUCCUUAACAUUUGACUCGUGCAA